UGCACACUCAACGUCAUCUCUCCCACAGCUCUGCGCCAGCAUCGUUCCCUUAUUUCCGCCACCGCAGCACCCUAAAGAUUGAGUUUCCAGCAGCCGCAGCCAUGGCACCACACCCAACUCUCAAGACGACCUUCGCCGCGAGGAGCGAAACGGCGACGCACCCUCUAACCGCCUAUCUAUUUAAGCUCAUGGACCUCAAAGCCUCUAACCUUUGCCUGAGCGCCGAUGUACCGACAGCGCGGGAGCUCCUCUACCUUGCUGACAAAAUCGGCCCCUCCAUUGUCGUGCUCAAGACACACUAUGACAUGGUCUCUGGCUGGGAUUUCCACCCAGAAACCGGCACCGGUGCCCAGCUGGCCACGCUAGCUCGAAAGCAUGGCUUCCUCAUUUUCGAGGAUCGCAAGUUCGGGGAUAUUGGCCACACAGUCGAGCUGCAGUACACCGGCGGGUCGGCGCGCAUCAUCGACUGGGCCCACAUUGUCAACGUCAACAUGGUCCCGGGCAAGGCGUCUGUGGCCUCGCUGGCACAAGGAGCCAAGAGAUGGCUGGAGCGUUAUCCCUGCGAGGUCAAGACGUCGGUCACUGUUGGCACGCCCACCAUGGAUUCCUUUGACGAUAUCGAAGAGACCAAGGACGGCGAGCCCGUCACCGUCAAUGGUAAUGGCAAUGGCUCCUCCAACAUGAUGGAAAAGCCCAUUUACUCUGGCCGAACCGGAGACGGCCGCAAGGGAAGCAUCGUCUCCAUCACUACCGUCACCCAGCAGUACGAGUCUGUCGCUUCGCCCCGGUUGGCAAAGGCAAUCGCCGAGGGAGACGAGUCACUAUUUCCCGGCAUUGAGGAGGCGCCGCUAAACCGUGGCCUCUUGAUUCUCGCCCAGAUGUCCAGUCAGGGCAACUUCAUGAACAAGGAGUACACUCAAGCUUGUGUGGAGGCGGCUAGGGAGCACAAGGAUUUUGUCAUGGGCUUCAUCUCUCAGGAGACGCUGAACACGGAGGCUGAUGAUGCCUUUGUUCACAUGACGCCUGGCUGCCAGCUCCCCCCCGAAGAUGAAGACCAGCAGGCGAACGGAACCGUUGGAGGAGAUGGCCAAGGCCAGCAGUACAAUACGCCGCAUAAGAUCAUUGGCCUCUGCGGCAGCGACAUUGCCAUUGUGGGCAGAGGUAUCCUCAAGGCCUCAGAUCCCGUAGAAGAGGCAGAACGAUAUCGGUCAGCGGCGUGGAAAGCCUACACAGAGAGGCUACUGAGAUAAAAGGGUGGAAAAAACAGGCGAGGGGAGGAGUGCGGAGCUGGGAGAAGCUCUUGUCCAAUGCCCGCAUCAUAGAAUGCAAUGUAUUUAGGCGAACUCUAUCUUCUUCUUUUUCUUCCUUUUUGUGGUCUAGCUGGGACGUUGUCCGGCUGCGUUGAUAUCAUUGCAUGCACAAAGGUGGAGGCGAACUGAAUAUUGGUGGAUCUGGAAUUUGGAAUUCGGUAUGCUCGCGAGUUUAAGGCAAACGUUGGGAUUUUGUAGGGACAUUUAGGAUCAAAGUCGAUGAUUUUAUUCAAAGUUUAUUUUGAUCAUCUUAGGUAGUAUAUGACGGCAGUUUCAUGUC